AAAAAAAUAAAGUUAAAUGAAAAUUUAGUAACAAAUCAAAAUUUCAAGUAAUUUAAAGUGAAAAUUUCCAAAAAAAAAAAAUAAUGGCCAGCGAAGAAGAUCAAACUUUUAUUGAUGCUCCAAUGGAGGAAAGUCCAGCCGAUGAUGGUGACGUCCCUGGAGAUUCUUUUGUUCCCGCAGAACAAUUAGAGGACUUGGAAAGAGAAGCCGAUGAUGACUCAGAGCCAGAUGAUCCAUUAAUGGGAGAAUCUGCAGAUGAUCCCGAGAGAGCCCGAAACUACAAGGAAUACAAAAGAUUGCAAAAGGAAAUCCAUUGUCAAAAUGUCACAAUAGAAGAUAUCAAAAAUGAAAUAAGGAAAUUGCAAUGUAAAUCCACCACGGCCACGCUUUCCUCGGAGCAAAAACAGCACUUGAGAAAUCUUCAAGAAUGCAUGGACAAAGAGACACAUAAAUUACGGGAUCUCACCAUCAAAGCAAUGCAUUUGCAAAAUUUCGGUUCUCGUCGUCAUUACAGGGAGAUUGAAUUGGUCACAACAUUCGAUGAGGAACCAAUGUUAUCCAUGCCAACAAUGCACUGUGAUCCAAUACAGGUGCAUGGCUCACACUCCACGAGCAAUAAAAGAGAACCGCCCGUUUGUCGUCGUUGGCGGGCUUCCGGCGGUGAUACCACCACCAGCGAGAAAUCUUGUUCCUAUCAAGAUGAAGCCGAUCGUUGCGAAUCGGAGGAUCAGAAGUUGAUGAACGAAAUCUUGGCCACAUUACAGAGUUACGAUGGUUGUUCUAAUAAGCAGCCAAAGAAAUCUUGUAAAUCCAAAGCGAAUGCAAAGGACCCAAGUGUGGAGUUGUUGAAACAAAAAUUACACACAAUGCAGCAGACGAUAGACGAUCUAAAGCAGGAAAUUUGUAGCCAUCGCAAGGAGAGUGGUUCGAAAAAGGAAUGCUGCUCGACCGCCAAACCACCAUGUCAAUCUGCCAAAAGUCAAAAUUUUGAUAAGCUCAAGGAUAACUAUGCCUAUCUUUUGCAAGAAUUUAGUAAAAAGGAAAAGGAGCUGAAGGAUCUAACCAAAAGAGUUAAAAAUUCCUGCGGUUCUGCUGGGGAAAAUGCCGAUGCUUCCGAAAUACAGCUGUUAACAAAUCGCAUAAAUGAUUUGAAGGAAGAACAAAUUGAAUUCAAGUGUCUCAUGAAAGAGCAAUCCACACAAUUGGAAGACUAUCGCAACAAGUAUUUGAAAGCCCAACAAAAAGUCGAAGAACAAGGGGCAUUGAUAGAAAAACUCAAUAUGAACAAUAAACGAAUAGAAAAACAAAUUAAUUUAGAAAUUAAAGAUAUACGAUGUAAAUUCCAAGAAAAAUUAAAUGAGUUGGUAAAGUUGCCAAAACUUUUGGAAAAUGAACAAAUCAAAGUUGCCAAAUUAUGCAAAGAAAAAGAGGAACUGGAAAAUAAACUUCUUAUUGUGUGCAAAGAAUUGAAAACACAUAAAAAUAAAGCCAGUCCCUCGAGCGUUGGCGGUGAGGAUUUGAAAACUCAGCUACAAAAAUGUCAACACGACUUGGAGAAAACAAAAAAAUUGUUGGAAGAAACUCAACGUCAACGAGAUCUCUUCUGUGAACAACUAAAUGUGGCCCAAGAAGAUUUAAGCUGUUUACGCGCUGAAUCGGCCAAAAUUAUUGCUCGCAUGAAUGAAAGAUUUGAGUUGAUAAAGCAAAAACAGCAAGAUCACAUCAAUUGCCUAGAAAAACAACUGGUUCAAUGUAGAGCUACGGCCAGUCUUUCGGUGGGCGACCGUGAAUGUGUUAUACGUGAAAUGCAGGGACAGCUGAACAAUCUGUCCUAUAGCUUUGAUGCGGCCCAAAAACAAAUUAAAACUUUGCGGAAUCACAUUGCCUAUAUGUCCAAUGAAAAUUGUUUUCCAGCCAAGUGUUAAAAAGAAACAUUCAGUCAGUCAUCUAAAUUAAAUACACAUUUAUUAAUUGGCCAAAAAAAUGUAUGACAUCCCCUAUUAAUGAAAUAAGUUAAUGCGUUUUAAAAUAUUUAAAUAUCGGCCCAUUUUUUCCAAUAAAGCUACAAUGAAACUAA